AUGAGUCGAAAUGAUCGGAUUAAAUCAAUCUUGACCUUAAUAUUACGAAUAAUUGGUUUACUUGCUUUAUUAUAUUUAUUUGUUUGUUCACUUGAUUUAAUGAGUUCAGCUUUUCGACUUAUUGGAGGUAAAAUAACAGGUAAAGUUUUUGCUGAAGGAGCAAUUCUUUCCAAUCCUAUUGCGGGUUUAAUGAUUGGAUUAUUAGCAACGGUUCUUGUACAAAGUUCAUCAACAUCAACAUCAAUUGUUGUAUCAAUGGUUUCAUCUUCUAUUUUACCUGUUAAACAAGCCAUACCAAUCAUUAUGGGAGCAAAUAUAGGUACAUCUGUAACCAAUACAUUAGUUGCUUUAACACAAUCAGGAAAACGUGAAGAAUUUAGUCUUGCAUUUGCUGGCGCAACUGUUCAUGAUAUGUUCAAUUGGUUAAGUGUACUCGUUUUAUUACCAAUUGAAAUAGCUUCGAAUAUGUUAUAUCAUUUAACUCGCUUAAUUACAAAAUCAAUAAACUUAAAACGAAAUCCAAACUCUAAUCCUGAGUUUCUUACUGUUAUUACAAAACCAUUAACUGAGAGAAUUGUUCUACUUGAUAAAAAAGCAAUUGAAAGUAUAGCAUUAGGUAAUGCUAGUGCAAAUAUCUCCUUAUUAAAAAGAUAUUGUUCAUAUAAAAAUGAAAGUGAUAAUGGAACAUUUAAUAAAGUUCCAGAUCAAUAUUGUCCAUUUUUAUUUGCUAAAGUUAACUGGGCUGAUUGGCUUAUUGGACUUGUUUUACUAAUUAUUUCAUUAGUUUGUCUUUGUCUAUGCCUUUUUUUACUUGUGAAAAUUCUUCAGUCAUUACUCAAAGGAACAGUCAAAAAUAUUAUUUUCAAAAUAGUUAAUACAGAUUUUCCUGGAAUAUUCAAACAUCUAACACCAUAUUUAGCUAUUCUUGUUGGAUGUAUAUUAACCAUAUUAGUUCAAAGUAGUUCAAUAUUUACAUCAACAUUAACACCAUUAGUUGGUCUUGGUAUAAUAACAAUCGAAAGAGUUUAUCCAUUUACAUUAGGUUCAAAUAUAGGUACAACAAUAACAGGAAUUAUGGCUGCAUUAACUGCAACUAGUGAAAAAGAUCUAAG